AUGGAGCAAGUAGACGAAGUGGUCGGCAAUGUCACGUCAUGGUUCCGAAGGUUUGUGAUGAGUGCAUUGGAGCAUCAGCACGCGCCGUUACCACAAGACGACACGGACGAGGGCGUCGGCCGUACGUACCGCUUCAAUGGCGGCAUGCAAGAUGAAUCGCCCUGGUGGCUCAAAUGGUCCAGUACUGCGCCCCCCGGGUACGAUCACCGCGCGCCCCAGUUGCAGGACCAGCGCAGCGACGCGGGAAGCCAGGGGCAGGGGUAUGGCGGGCGGUAUGACGACGAGCGGGGCAGCCGAUAUGGCUAUGACGAUUAUGCACGGGAUCGACCAUAUGACCGAGAGAAGGAAGAGGAGGAGGCGCGGGAGAGGGAGAGGGCGGAGCGCAUACGACGAGAGGAGGAAGAGGAGAGAGCCCGCCAAAAGGCAGAGGAGGAGGCAGCAGCAGAGGCCGAAGCAGCAGCGGCAGCUGCAGCAGCGGCAGCAGCAGCAGCAUCGCCACCACCAGACCUGCUAUCCAUGGAAGAUGAUUUGUUGGGCCUCGGGACAGACGCAGGGCCGGGCGCUCUGGUGCUUUACAGUGCUCCUACUGCUGAUGACCUCAUUUCCAAGGCGUUCCAGCAGGAAAUCAGCCUACUGGACAUUGACACGGGCACAUCGGAAGCGUCUCUCCUAGAGAAGGUGAACUCGGUAGCUCCAAAGCAGGCGAAUGGGGAGGUCGAUCUGCUGGCUCUGGUGGAUGGGCCUGUGCCCGCGGGUGCUGCUGCUGCUGCUGGUGGGGGAGCAGGAGGGUUGGAUGCUACAAGUGGUGCGCUGGUGCUGGUGACACCCAUGAAGGGAUUCCAUGCCGCACCCACAAGGCACGGCAUAUGUAGUGCUUGUGAGCGGACUAUCGAUUCUGGGAGGUACCUGAUUGCUCUGAACCGUGACUGGCAUGCCGCCUGCUUCAAGUGCUGCCACUGCCGCCUGCCCAUCACUGAAAUGCAGUGCUCUGUGAAGGAAGGUGAUACUUACCACACCGAGUGCUACCGCCAGCUCUUCCACCCCAAAUGCUACGUCUGCGACACUUAUAUCGCCCCCAGCGACUCUGGCAUGGUGGAGUAUCGCCUCAACGACCUGUGGCACGCCAAGCACUGCGCCAAGCACAGCCCCUCCUCGGAUGGCUCCCCACUUUGCUCCGCCUGCACUCGCCUUCAGCCAAGCACAUGCACAAUGGUUGACAUUGGGGGUAACCGCAUGCUCUGCCCCGACUGUAACACCUGCUCGUGGCCCUCCCCCCCUGGCUCUGCGCUCUCCGCCCUCACUUCCUCCUCCUCUUCCUCCCUGGGAACUCUAGUCAUAGACUCCGCUGAAUGCGCCCCCCUCUUCGCCUCUGUGUUGAGUUUCUUCGAGGAGGUGGGGUUGGGAGCGGUGCUGAGGGGUGCAGUGGGCGACGAGCUUCCGGUGGUUACUGCUGGCGUGGCGGCGUUACAAGCUGCUGCUGAGGGCGAGAGACAGGGUUCAUCUCGCCUGGCGGUGGUGCCUGGAGUGUGCCUCACUCAAGAAACCACCAUUCAAACAGUUGUACGAGCACCAGGGUCAACAGCAACAGCCUUUGCAGGCAUCUCGCAUGAAGCCAAGACACUCACGCAUGUCAACUCCACUGCAGUCUCGGGCAUCGCCAUUCUCUACGGCCUCCCAGCACCUCUGGCCGGGGCAGUCAUAGCCAAUCGCCUCAUGCAUGCAUGGUUCAUCCUCGAUGGUGCUUUCUCAGCGCUUCUCUCAGAGAUCGAAGAGGCCAUGUGCCAAGUCAUGGCACACCUCUCUGCCCUCAGAGAUCGAGAAGGCGAUGUGCCAGGUGAUGGCGCACAUGUGGUUACAGCAUUACCAGCAGCAGCUCAAGAGCCCCUCUCCCUUUCCCUUCUCUUCCUCCUUUUUCCCUCAGGUGCAUUCUCAGCGCUGCCCUCGGAAAUCGAGGAGGCCAUGUGCCAGGUGAUGGCGCACCUGUGGUUACAGCGUUACCAGCAGCAGCUCAAGAGCCCCUCACCCUUCCAGUCAGGCUUCAUCGAAUUCUGCCUCACCCGCAUUGCUUCCGACCCCUCCCCCGCUCUGCUCGACUCGUUCCGCUCUGCCUACUCUGCUGUGGGCCUGCUUGCCACCAUCCAAACACUCCGCAUGUCCAACACCCUUCCUGCUACCUAG